AUGCUUAUUGUCGGAAUCGCCAUCGGGCACGCGGUCAUGCUCCUCUCCCACCACCCCCAGGGCAAGGCUCUGCGGCCAGUCCUCCCGCUCAUUUGCCCCACCCCCUCGUCCUCGCUUGAAACGCUCACUGCGUUCACACCGCGCUUUAUCGUCGGCGUUGCCUUCGCCCUCGCCGGAGGUCUCUUCCGUUGGGUCGCGAUGCGCAAGCUGGGUGGGCUGUUCACGUACGAGGUCGUGAUCAAGGAUGACCACCAGCUCGUCGCCUCCGGCCCCUACUCGAUCGUACGCCACCCGGGCUACACCGGCGUUCUCCUCCUCCUCAUCGGCGUCCACCUCAGCCUCUGGGACGACGCGGGAUACAUCUCGCAGUGCAACCUCUCGUACACCCCCCAGUUCAUGUUCAUGCCGAUGCUCUCGACCUUUGCGGUCGUCAACCUCGCCCGGCGGUGCUCGGGUGAGGACGCCCAGCUCCGCUCCCACUUCGGCGAGACCUGGGAGAAGUACAGGGCGCAGGUGCCUUACUGUAUGAUCCCGUACAUGUAUUAG